UCCCACUGUUUCAAAAUACAUGUAAUGCAAAUAUCACUAUUUUUCAACAUGAGAAUGUCAAAAGCCAUACAGCUAGGGGCACUGUGAAUUUCCUCAGGGCGAUUUACAUUGCAUUUAUUAACGACUGGCCUGCCAAAGCCCUGAUCUUAAUCCCAUUGAACACCUUUGGGAUGAUUUUUACCAGCGUGUUAGACGCCGUACUAUUCGCCCGUCAUACGUCAUUCAGCUAAGACAAGCCUUAAUUCGGGAAUCGAACAACAUCCACAAGCCGAAAUCAAUACACUGAACCGUUCUAUGCACCAACGAUGCCAGGCAGUACAUCAUGCUGAGGGCUGUCAUACCCGACAUUAAUUUGUGAUUUUGUUUGGCGACCUCUUCAGUAUUUUAGCUACCAUUUAACUACUUUUUGAUAAACCGCCAGCAAUGUAUUUUUUCACUAGGAAUCGCAAUAGAAUACUCUUUCAUUACAUAUAAAUCUACUUUAAUCCUGAUUUUUAUAUUUGUGUAUAUCUGCACAUAAAUGCAGGAUAGGUUCCUUAAUUGUUCAGUGUAUAUUUAUGAGAUAAUCUAUGUUACGUCUUACCUCGCCUUUUGAUAGCAACGUUACUUCUGACGUCUAAUUAACACAUUGAGUUCACAUGUAAAUUUAUGGAGUAUUAGCUGUUAAGCAUGUCGCUUUUCUUUAAUUUGUAUUAUAAUAUAUUAUACAGGGGUGUUUCCGAAAUAUUUUAUGAUUUUGCAAACGAAAAUAAGCAUUAUUGGAUGUCAAAUCUGUAUUGCCAUGGGGACGAAAUGAAUUUAACGGAGUGUUCAUACACAAAAGGUGGAUAUGAUUCAUGCUUUCAGUCACCUGCUAAGAAUUUAGCUGUAAAGUGCGAAGAUACGGACCAAUGUCAAUCAAAUCCCUGUUUGAAUAAUGGUACAUGCGUUGAUGGUGACAGGUCCUACACCUGUAAUUGUACUGAAAGAUGGAGUGGUAUCAACUGUGAUAUAGAUUUGGAGUACGACAUAUGUCAAGAACAACCGUGUGAUAAUAACAGCACUUGUAUUAAUUCUCCUGCUGGCUACAAAUGUAUGUGUACAGAGGGAUAUAACGGCGAUAACUGUGCGAAAGACAUAGACGAAUGUUUGUCGGACCCAUGCAAUAGCAAUGGUAAUUGUACAGAUUCUUCAAAUAGAUACACGUGUUCGUGCGUCCAAGGAUAUGGUGGAGAAAGGUGUCAAAUUGAUAUAGACGAAUGUUUGUCUCAGCCAUGUGAGAACAAUGGUGCGUGUGUAAACGAAAUCAAUGGAUUCGUGUGUUAUUGUGAUCAGGGAUACGAGGGAUAUAGAUGUCAGAAUGAAAUUGGGGAGGAUCAAACGACAUUGAUAGUUGUACUUAUAUCUUCAAUUUGCGUUUUAUCAUUUGUUGUUUUCGCUACUGUAUGUUGCUGUUUAAGGUAUAGAAAAGAACAUAAACAGACUAGUAAAAAGACUAAAUCGGACGCUUCGAAUGUACUUAAAAGUGGUAACGGGGAUUUGUGCAAAGGCACUACGGAAGCUGAAAGCGUACCAAAAGAAAUAAAAGGAGGACACUUUAACGAGGCUGUUUACGACGAAAUUAAAGAAAACACCGUGGCUGAGGUUGCUGAUUACAUAAAUCAGGUCACAGAUGUUGAACAACCUAGAGAUGCUGAUGGUUAUGUUAAAUUUGCUGACAGUGAUCAGAGUGUUGGUUAUUACAAAUUGAAGCACACGAAAAGUGAAGAUUAUUCCAAAUUGUCUGGAUGCGAAUUUUGAAAAGAACAAUUUACUAAAUGUAUCGUUUUACUACUAGUAUUACAUUUUUUCAGAUACAUUGCCUAUGGCUAUUAAAUCCUAUAUAUUGAAUAUAUACAAGAAUUAAAAGAAGUCUUUAUAUGAUUGAUAUUUUUAUAUAUCAUGACUUAAAAGUUUUUAUACUGUAGAUAAAAUGAGUGGGUUAAAAGGUAAAAGAGCGUGGAUUAUUUUUGUAUUUCAGUUGUUUUUUGUUCUAUGGUGAGGUAUGAUGUCGAUUUUAUCUUAAUUUUUAUACUCUUGUACAGCAAUACGUUGUUAGACGUUUAUUGUACGUAUUAUGAUAAAAAUUACUAUGUAUGCUUUCCAAACUGAAGCUGCUAGACUUAAGACUGACAAAUUGUAAACGAAUUGGUAUGUAGCAAGCUAAUAUGAAGACCUCACUUGUGUGCCCCCUCCCCCUGCGCCAGGAUCAAGGUCACUAUCACACUUACUUUUAUUUAAAAAUGGCUUUGGUCAAUAACUGGAGCUAGAAACAAUAUAUUGUACAAAACUUUAAAAGCUAAUUUUGAAGUAGAACAUUUUGUUAGAGUUGUUUAUAAUAGAUCUUGCAGUGGUGCCUUGGCAAAAUUUAGAAGUAGGACAGCUCCAAUAGGUAUUGUACUAGGAAGAUAUAAUGGACUACAAGUAGAACAAAGACUCUGCUUCCAUUGUAAGAAUAUCUUUGAGUAUGAAGCACAUGUAUUUUUACAUUACCCUCUUUAUUAUUCAAUUAGAUUAGAAUUACUUCAAUCGGUAAACACACUUUGGAAUGGUUUUGACAAUUUAACUGAUAUUGAUAAGGUUAUCAAGGCUACAACACCCUAGUAAAUAAUAGAAAAAAUGUUUUAUAUCAUUAGUGAUCAUAUUAUACCCUGUCUUGUAUAUGUGAUAUAUUGUCCUAGUGUUUAUAGUACCCCUGUAGUAUAUUGUUUUAAUGAUAUUAAUGUUUUAGUAUGUGCCUAAAGUUUCCUUGUCAAUCUUUAUGUACUCUGAUCUGAUCAAUCACACACCAUUAUUUUACAUCCAUGUUUUAUACUGUGGAGCAUUUUGGCAUUUUAUUAUACUUCAAUUUAUUAUACUUCAAUCCUUUUACAUCUCAUUUUAAGUUUAAACAUGAUAAACAAGGAUACUUUAAGUGAUUUUACCUGUAUUUUAUGUAUAUAAAAGUGAAAUAUAAGUAUUUUGUUGUGUAGGAAAUGAAUGUGUGUAGCUAAGGGAGAUAAAUCUUAUGUGCAUAAAAAACAGUGUACUUCUGCGUUAUGGGCUGGGGAGUUGUCACCUUUAGAAGUACGGUCCUGUAAUUAUAAUUAAAAUAGCUGUACAUGUAUUUUUUGUUUGUAUUGUAUAUUUAUAUAUGUCUAUGUUUAUAUGUAUAGAUGAAACUAUGAUUAACAUAUAAAUAAAUGAAUAUUGUAAUCAAAUUUGUAAUAUAACAAAUAUAUUUGGAAUGAAAGUUUGUAGCAUGGUUAUUAUUGAAAACACAGGUUUCGUGACAUUGACAUUGUCUUUUUUAAAAUCUUGCCACGGUUUCUGAUUCUUAUUGAUUUUCGGUAAUUUUGUAUUAUGACUGUUUUAUUUUAUUGUUGUAAGACUUAUUCAAAGUAGGCAGAAGUAAUUUAUUCGAUUUUUCAUACAUUUUUAGCAUUUAUUUCUAAUUGUGGUGUUUCAAAUUAUAAAUUUAGCAUGUUUUCAGUACAUUUAAAUUACACAUAACCAUUACUCUGGAAAAAUCGACUUCUUUUUAUUGGGCAAGUAAAUCAACUGUUUAUAAAAACAAUUCAAACCACUAAAUUGGUAAGUGUUAAUACGAGGGGUGUCCCAGAAUUACGUGGACUUUUGCUGUAACUCAAAAACUACUAAAAAUAAAAACAAACAAAAUUAACAUGAACAAAAUGCAACUUUAUUGCAUUAGUACAAAAAAUUUCAAAGUUGUCCGGCAACUGGAUCAGUGUCUGUGGGCAGGGUAAUGAGACAAGGGGUAGCGGGUGCGGGGCAGUCCAUUCCGACGUUACGACGUCAUUCCGGUGGCGUCGCUAGUUAUUAAUAAAUGCGUGGCGUCGAAUGUCAGUUUUUCUCAACAUAGUCGCCGCCUAACUCAAUACAUCUAUGAUGUCGAUAUAUCCACUGGUCGUACACCGCCCUGUACCACUCCUGGUCGAAAUCAGCCACCACUUUCUGCAUUGCGAACGAGAGUUCCUGGAAGGAAUCGAACU